AUGGGCGCUGUUUGCCAUGGGACCCGCUCAUCCAUGUCCUCUUCCCCUCCCUGUUCGGAACAGGUCCCAUGUGGAAAAUGCGUUGCGAGAGGGUGCGGUUCGAUAUGUCCAGAUGGGAUAUUAACAUCCGGGAAAGGAGGCCGGAUGAUCCUCACCGGCACGGAAGAGUUGCAUAGUACAAUUGAAUCCCAAUCUUCACGAAUUCGAGAGCUAGAGAACGCGCUCAAGACUCUACAACCGGGUGUAUCUGAUGGGUCCCAUGCACUCUUACGCACGGAUGUCCUGCACACAUCAUCACAAUCAAGAUCGGCGGCAUCUGCAUCUUCGCCCUCUGCGCAUCGCCCAUCUUCCUCGAGCCAAUCAUCGACUGCAUCCGUGAUCAACUCAGCACCUCACGUGCGAGAGAUCAAGACAGAGGAUGAGGGCAAUGUCAUUGAUGCUUUCGGCACCUUGACGAUUGGCCAGAAUGGAGAAGCUAGUUUUCUCGGGAAGACGGCCCGCUCAGAAUAUCUGAUUCGAGCGCCAGCGAAGCAAGAACGUCCUGUGCCCAUUCACUUCCCCCGACUGCCCAAGAGAAUGAUGGAGGCUUCCUCUUUAUCGUCGCCAAUGACGUCGAACAUUUACGACUCACACGAUCAAGACAUGUCCUCAGUAGAGGACGUCGCCAACCUAGAAAAAGAUAUAGUCAAACUCCUCCCUCCUCUAUCAGAAGCGUUCCAUUUAUGCGAGGUGUACCUCGAAAACGGAAAACAUGUGUACACAGCCAUACCCAGAACGGAACUGUUCGAUGAGAUCGUGACUGUCGUUUAUCGAACAGAACCCUUUGCUACCUUCCAAUCCCAUCAUGCGCUAGCCCUCCUCUUCAUCAUUUUUGCCAUUGCCACGCAUUUCGAUCCUAAAAAGCCUCCAUACUCGAUUGAAGCGCAAGAAUACUACCACCUCUCACGGACAUCUCUGAGCCUUUCACCGCCCGUGCGCGAGACGACCCUGGCGUCCAUUCAGGCAUUGAUUCAUAUGGCGCAGUUCUUGGAUUUCAGCGAUUGGGAGUCGGGAGGGUCUGAUUCAGCAUGGAUGCAUACUGGGCAUGCUGUGCGACUUGGAUAUGGGAUUGGAUUGCACUUGAACGGGACACGCUGGAAAUUGCGGGACGAAGUAAUUCAGAGGCGUAGUCGGGUUUUCUGGCAGUUAUUCGUGUUGGAUACUUGUUCCAGUUUCUGCUUUGGACGUCCACCGGGGAUCUCACCAUCAUACAUCGAUUGCUCUCUCCCCAAAGAGGCCAUUACGGAACUAACCUUCCAUACCUGGAACUACCAGUACACGACCUUGUUGCAAUCCGUCAUGGCUACCACCCUUGGGCCUCGCCAGCCGCCUUACUCUACCGUCCUCGAGCUCGACAAGCUGAUCCGUGACUUUUCCGUUCCAGCCGUAUGGCGGAUGACAACGCAGGACGAAAUAGAGACCUCGCCACAGCCACAGCACAUCCACAUCCAGCGGUGGUUGAUACUCGCUAGCAAAGAAUCUACGAUCCUCAACCUACAUAGAGCCUACUUCGCGCAAACCCUCCAUGAAAGUCCCACUGAACUGCAGCGGCAUCGGCACAUUCCCUCAGUGUUGGCGAUAUAUCGCUCUGCCUGGAGGCUCAUCCGGGGACUACGGAUGACCUGGGCUUCCGUACCCCACCUAUUAACACGCGUAAACUUACCUUGGUCCCAAGCGCUUUCUGCAGCGAUUGUGAUGUGUCUGCUUGCUACGAAGGCGCCAACUUCUCAGCUCGCAGCAUUGGCGUUGGAAGAGAUGGAUUUGGUGGUGACGAUGUUCCAAGCAGCAUCUGGGACGUGUCGGUCAGCUGCUAAUUUGUUGCCUCCCCUUCAAAGUUUGCGUCGGAAGGCGUAUGAAGCUGCGGAUCCUUCUCGACCAUCUCACUCAUCAGUCGCCUCAUCAAACACUGAUUCUACGUCAAGCUCGAGUUUUCAACAACCCAUCUCCCCCGCUGAAUUGGACAGGCUCACGGGUAAAACCCAUCUCUUCUCUCACAUCACCACCACAAUCACAACCAAUACCAACACCGCUAGCAUGAGCAGCUCCCCUACCCACAGGUCACGCUCCACGUCUGUAACACUGACAUCGGAUAAUGCAGAUCACAUUCACCAUCCAUCAUCUCUAGCAGGGUAUUCCACAAAAGCGGGGACGAUACAUCCAGUCCUUGCGCACGACGUGAGGGAAUUUGAGAGACUCUCUACCGGACGUGUGUUUUCAAUGUAUGAUUGCGCGGCCGAUGAUGAAAUGCAGGUGGAGGAUGAGCGGGGGCACCAAUUUGACUCACGCACAACUUUGCCCACGUCGUUACCGACACCGCCUCCCCCGAACAUAAGGACGUCCAUCUCGCCUUCCCGUCCUCCCUCUCACUCUUCGCUUCACAAAAGACAUCCUGAGCACUCAUUACGAAGGCAUCACCCUAACCCCGAACCCGACCCCGAACCGCGCGCACGCCAUGAUUCUCUGGAAUCCCAGCGAUUGCCUCAUUCUUCGGGGUCUUCUCUGUUAUUGUCUGGGGGCCUUGUACUUGAUUCAACGUGGCAGAGUUUCGUCGAACAACUUGGAUUUUAG